CCGUUCGCCGUGUUCUUUUCCCCGAGUUGUGUUCUCUUUCGGCUGCACUGUAAAGCCGGUGCGUUUGUUUGUAGUGGUUGAGGCAACUUUUGGCAGUCUCGUCUCGGGUGGUGUCUGCCUUAUCGCUAAUCUCGCUGAACCCUGUGCUCGGAUUGUGAAUCGAGGAACCGGUCGCGCAUUUCUGUGGCUGACAUCCGCAUCCCGGGGGAUUCAAAGGAUACAGGCGAAGCUGGCAGGAUGUGGCGACGAUUGCAUUUGCCACUAAUUGCGCUCCUUAGCGCCGUGACACUGUGCACGACGCAGCAGGCCCCGAACCCGAGCAUCGUGUUUAUCAGCCCGGAACAGAUCCGCGACAUCGGCGAGCAAGUGACGCUCAACUGUUCGAUCGCGAACGUGAAGAACUACGUCGUCGGCUGGCAGAAGAGUAAUCGCGAUCGGACGAAGGAAAGCAACAUCAUCUCGCUCGGGGUACAGCUGGCCGUGGCCGAGGAUCGGUUCAAGCUGAACUUUACCAAAGAGAACAACGCGGCCAACUAUCUGCUCGAGAUCCAUGACAUCGUCAACACGGAUGCUGGAUUGUACGAGUGCCAGAUACAGGUGACCAGCACGACCAAGAUCACCAAAACCGUCGAGCUGCAGGUGCGCCAUCCGCCGAUCCUGCUGGAGAACCAGCACACCAACACCAUCACCAAGGCCGAAGGGGAGAGCGCCGAGCUGGUGUGCCGGGCGGAGGGAUACCCGCGACCCACCAUCACGUGGAGGCGCGAGUACAACGCAAUCCUGCCGCUCGGUGGCCAAACGUUCGUCGGCAACGAGCUGCGGCUGAGUGCGCUGCAGCCCGAAGACCGCGGGACUUACUACUGCAUGGCGGACAACGGGGUCGGCAAGUCGGACACGAAAGCCAUCACGCUCGAGGUGGAGUUCUCGCCGGUCAUAUCCGUACCGCGGCCGAAGGUGGCCCAGGCCGUCGACUACGAUAUCGACGUCGAGUGUGUGGUGCAAGCGUUUCCGGCCCCGGCCAUCUCCUGGUACCGGAACGGAAAGCAGAUCCACAACGGCGGUUCCUACAGCAUCUCGCAGAUCGGAUCGCCCGACGACGUGACGCGGUCGGUGGUGAAGAUCAGCUCGGUGGCCGAGGAGCACUUCGGGGACUACGUGUGCAAAGCGUCGAACAAGGUCGGCCAAUCGGAGGCCCGCCUGAACCUGUUUGAACAAAAUGUCCCCAACAUCAACUAUUCCGGGCUGAAGUGGUCCAACGGUGCCCCGGCAAGGAUCGGUCAGUGCUUCAUCGUCACGAUAACGCUCCUGCUGGUGACGCUCUUGUGAAUGCGACGCGCACGAAGCAGUUGGCGGAAUGCGUGCUUCCUCGGAUCGCUAGCUGCGGCACCACCACGGCACUCGCAAGUCUGCCCGUCUACAACCUUGUGCAACGUUAGCUCGUAAACGCUCGAUUAGCAAUGAUCGGUCCCCUUUCUUCUAAACAAAUAAUCCUUAAGCGCCAUAUCUACACGUAAGCCCACCCCACUACUCACCCUCGAAAGAGGGCCGGAAACGGAAAGUGCAAAUUAACGAGUAACCUGAAAUGUCCUCUGUCCUGGAACGCUUGCCUUAUGCGAGACCCCCACAAACAACCACAAGAUCCGUGAUGUGCCAAAACGGGUGGCGAGUAUUGCUUCGCAACCCAGAGAUGGUGUUUCGGUAAUUGAAGUACAACUACUCUACACUUUGGCGACCAACUUAGGCUAGAUAGUAUUGCGGAACAGACUGUAUUUUGUGUGUUGUAUCGAUAGCCGUCACCCGACAAAAGACUUGAAACUAGCAAAAAACUGACAUUCGAAUGUGUAAUUUUAUGCUCCAGGUCCAAGCAUCAAAGGAUAUUGGUUUUCUUUCGGUAUCUUCGGGUGAGCCAACAAAAAGGACCAGGAGCAAAAGUGUAAUCAAU